GCUGCUCCCAGCUCUCUGCCUCUGUGAAGGAUGGUGAGGAGAGAGCUAGCUUUCACUGUGAGGAGAAUUUUCCUUUUGAAUAUUCCAAACGGGAGCUCUGCACAUGUGCCUCAAGAACUAAUUGUCUUGGUUCCGUCAGGAAUGCAGCAGGAGAGGAGCGUAUUUCAUGCUUAAGCCCAGAGAGGAGCCACGCAGUACUCUGUGGAUAAAAGGCUUGCGGUCCCAGCUGGGAAAAAGAGUCCCAUUAUCUCCCAGCUGCAUAGACAUUCCAUACGGCUUGGUUCUGCCUGGGUGCACAGCAUGCCUGGCUGAGGGCUUGAAACAGAGUUCUGCAGAAAGAAAAAAAAAAAAAAAAUGUAAAGAUCCCGAGACAUUUUCCUGGUAAGAUCUGACAGAAGGCAGAAAUUUUGGAGCUUGCCCUUUCCUCAUCAUUUUAUCUGGAGAGGCUCACUGACUAGAACUCUCCCAACACCACAGACUGGUGAGAUACUGACUGGAAAAUCGACUUUUUAUUUUUAUUUUUUGCUGCUGAUUGUAUGGGAGAAAAUUUUGACCUUAAAACAUGGAGAUGAGGUUGCUAUGGAAACUGAUAAUUUUGCUGCCAUUCAUAAACUCUUAUGCAGGUGAGGGGCGUUUCAGCCGUCCUAUUUUCACCCAGGAGCCACAAGAUGUCAUUUUUCCUUUAGAUUUAUCAAGAUCUGAAAUCAUCCUGAAUUGUGCAGCUAAUGGUUACCCACCACCUCAGUAUAGGUGGAAGCAAAAUGGCACAGAAAUUGAUUUUACCAUGAGCUAUCGCUACAAAUUGGAAGGAGGCCGUCUGGCCAUCAGCAAUCCCCACACAGAUCAUGAUAUUGGCACUUACCAGUGCCUGGCCAGCAAUCUUCUGGGGACCAGCCUAAGUCAGAAGGCAAAACUACAGUUUGCAUAUAUUGAAGACUUUGAAACCAAAACCAGAAGCACAGUGUCUGUCCGAGAAGGUCAAGGUGUGGUCCUUCUCUGUGGCCCACCACCACAUUUUGGAGAUUUAUCAUAUGCAUGGACCUUCAAUGAUAAUCCUUUAUACGUCCAGGAGGACAACAGGAGAUUUGUAUCUCAAGAGACAGGGAACUUGUAUAUUGCCAAAGUAGAACCAUCAGAUGUGGGCAACUAUACUUGCUUCGUAACAAACAAAGAGGCCCAGAGAAGUGUUCAAGGACCACCAACUCCGCUAGUCCUGCGCAAUGAUGGUGUCAUGGGGGAAUAUGAGCCAAAGACUGAAGUGCGUUUUCCUGAAACUAUGCACGCUGCAAAGGAUUCAUCUGUAAAACUGGAAUGCUUUGCCCUUGGAAAUCCAGUCCCUGAUAUUAGCUGGAGGAGGUUGGAUGGAAGCCCGUUGCCAGGGAAAGUCAAAUACAGCCAAUCCCAAGCUAUCCUUGAAAUUCCAAACUUCCAACAAGAAGAUGAAGGCUUUUAUGAGUGUAUUGCAGGCAAUAUUCGAGGAAGAAACCUUGCCAAGGGUCAACUCAUUUUCUAUGCCCCUCCAGAAUGGGAACAAAAAAUCCAAAAUACAUACCUCUCCAUUUAUGACACCUUGUUUUGGGAAUGCAAAGCUAGUGGAAAGCCAAGUCCUUGGUACACGUGGCUAAAGAAUGGAGAACUCCUGAAGCCAGAGGAGAGAAUCCAGAUUGAAAAUGGCACUCUCACCAUAACAAUGUUGAAUGUAUCAGAUUCAGGUGUCUACCAAUGUGCUGCUGAAAAUAAAUACCAAAUAAUUUAUGCAAAUGCAGAAUUGAGAGUUUUAGCCUCCACUCCUGAUUUCUCAAAAAAUCCUAUUAAAAAAAAUUCAGUUGUUCAAGUUGGUGGGGAUAUUGCUAUCGAAUGCAAACCAAAUGCUUUUCCCAGAGCAAUUAUCUCUUGGAAAAGAGGAACAGAGAUCCUGAGGCAAAGUAAAAGAGUAUUUCUCUUGGAGGAUGGCAGUCUUAAGAUCAGUAAUGUGACCAGAUCAGAUGCUGGAUCAUAUACUUGUAUAGCUACAAAUCAAUUUGGCAGUGCAAAGAGCUCUGGCAACCUCAUUGUGAAAGAGAGAACUGUAAUCACUGUGCCACCCUCGAGAAUGGAUGUGACAGUUGGUGAGAGUAUCGUCUUGCCCUGCCAGGUGUCACAUGAUCCCUCCAUGGAAGUCAUGUUUGUGUGGUCCUUUAAUGGAGAAGUGAUCGACUUAAAAAAAGGGGUGGCACAUUUUGAAAGGAUUGGAGGAGAAUCCGUUGGGGAUUUGAUGAUAAGGAAUAUUCAGUUGAGUCAUUCGGGAAAAUAUCUGUGCACAGUGCAAACAGCUCUAGAGCAUUUAUCUGCCAUGGCUGACAUCAUUGUAAGAGGUCCUCCUGGUCCCCCAGAGAAUGUGAGAGUGGAUCACAUCUCCAGUACAACCUCUCAAUUAAGCUGGAGACCUGGCCCAGAUAAUAACAGUCCCAUUCAGAUAUUUACUAUUCAGACUCGUACACCGUUUUCUGUGGGAUGGCAAGCUGUUGCUACAGUCCCUGAAAUUCUCAAUGGUCAGACAUACAAUGCAACAGUAGUUGGCUUGAAUCCUUGGGUGGAAUACGAAUUUCGUGUUGUGGCUGGGAACAGCAUUGGGAUUGGAGAACCAAGUAGACCAUCAGAAAUGUUAAGAACAAAAGCAUCUGUCCCUGUCGUGGCACCAGCAAAUAUCAACGGAGGUGGAGGAAGUCGAGCUGAACUCGUCAUUACGUGGGAGUCCAUUCCAGAAGAACUACAGAAUGGAGAGGGAUUUGGAUAUAUCAUCAUGUUCCGACCCGUUGGCUCAACAACAUGGAAAAAAGAAAGAGUAGCACUUGUGGAAUCCUCAAGGUUUGUGUAUAGAAAUGAAAGCAUCAUGCCCCUGUCUCCUUUUGAAGUCAAAGUGGGUGUGUACAACAAUGAAGGUGAAGGAUCCUUGAGUACUGUGUCCAUUAUCUACUCUGGGGAAGAUGAACCUCAGCUGGCUCCACGAGGAACUUCUGUCCAGAGUUUUUCUGCUUCUGAAAUGGAGGUUUCCUGGAAUGCCAUUGCUUGGAAUAGAAACACGGGAAGAGUACUGGGCUAUGAGGUCUUGUACUGGACAGACAAUUCCAAAGAAUCCAUGAUUGGUAAAAUUAGAGUCAGUGGAAAUGUCACAACAAAAAACAUCACGGGGCUAAAAGCUAACACAGUCUACUUUGCUGCUGUAAGAGCAUACAACACUGCAGGGACAGGCCCCGCCAGCCCUCCAGUCAACGUCACAACCAAAAAGUCUCCUCCAAGCCAACCACCAGCAAACAUUGCCUGGAAGCUAUCAAACUCUAAAUUAUGCUUGAACUGGGAGCAUGUGAAAAACAUGGAAAAUGAGUCUGAAGUGUUGGGUUACAAGAUUCUCUAUCGGCAGAAUAGACAGAGUAAAACUCAUAUUUUGGAAACAAAUAAUACAUCAGCUGAGCUGCUGGUACCAUUUGAGGAAGACUACUUGAUAGAAAUAAGAACAGUCAGUGAUGGGGGAGAUGGGAGCAGCAGUGAAGAAAUUAGGAUCCCAAAAAUCUCAAGUUUGAGUUCCAGAGGAAUUCAAGUCUUAAAACCUAGUGCCAAAUUCCUAUCGCUUGUGGGAUUUUUUACUGUUUUGCUACUCAAUCAAUUAUACGAUGAAUAAAGGCAUAAAUCUUCA